AUGUUGAUAGGCAAGUUGGAAGAAUUUCCAUCACUCAAAAGUCCAUCUGGGCAUGAGGGAAAUCCUUUCAGACGUAAGAAGAGGAAGCUUAUUCUAUACUCGUUGUAUUUGUUUUCUAUAAUUGCAAUGUGUCGGUUGGCCAACACUUUCUAUUGGUUAUACACUUUGGAUCUUAGCAAGCUGUGCCUCAAUAAGGUGGUGUAUGACACAAAGACAUGGAAAAAGAUAGAGGUUGGGAUUUCGCUUGAGAACUCGGAGUCCCCUAUUCAUGUAAAGUUCACGGAUGUAACUGCGAAUCUAUUUAGCAUGUCAAUGGAUGGCAUUGAGAGUCCCUUGAUGUCGCUGAGAAUCCCUGGAGCUAACAUUGCAAAGCAUAAGAAUAUCCUGUUUAAUGGAGACAUAUAUAUUGAGAAUUUCAACAGAAGGAAUGUGCUUGAAUCAAGAUUCUCCAUCAAUUUUGUGGUCAAGAUAGAUGCAAGGAUGUAUCCUCGCCUAUGUUUCAUAAGGUUUCCCUUCCGUAGCUCCCAAACCCUUUCUUUAGGGAGUUCGAUUUCCCGUCCUGGAAAGGAGGUUGUAUUUAAGCAGAUAUAUACUAGAAUGAAGGAUGGUUGUCUUCUAUUGGAAGGAGAGGUGGACAGUAGUAAGUUCAAUGUCCCCAGGUUUGUUGUGAUCAGAAGUCGCGAGGUCGUGAUCAACUUUGGAGGAGGGAAGGGCCCAAGGACCUUAACGAUUGCACCUGUUGAGGUAGACGGAUCCAUAUUCAUGGAGCCUUUGAUCAUAAAGAUCAGUAUAUCAGAAGAAUGGGGAAAUGAGCUUAAAAGGAACUUUGUUCAAAUACUCAGAGGAGACGAGGUAUGUAUUAGGAUGAAAGAUUUUUACUUCAAAAAUCACGAUGAUGGGACACCUGAGGAACACAUCAGGCUCGGAAUUGGAAUUGGAUUCAAUGCAAAAAACUCAAAGGACUAUGACAUAACGUUUAUGGAUAAUGAUGCCAAAAAAACACCUUUGAGUGCUCCUGUAAUAAUUAUGAGGAAUGUGAUGAAAAAGAAGUACUCGAGGUUCAAUAUUUAUAUCAGUAAGGAUGCGCUUCCAGGCAUUGAGAGUUACAGCUUUUUGGGCAUUCCUUCUAACCCAUUCGAAGGAAUUGUGCAUCUCAAUGGAUGUUACAUUGGAAGGAUUAAUGUUGAACUAAGCAACACAGAUAGACACUUUGUACUAUCAUGUACAUUCUCUGAGUUUAACUCCUUGAAGACUCUGAAAGCUUUCAGAAUGUGGAGGAAGAAGGAUUUGCGGGUUGUCUUCAAUUCUGAGGUUGGGCUGGGUAUUCUUGUGAAUGGUAUCGGGGUAGCAUGUGAUCUUUCUGAAAAGCUCUAUCUUUUUUUUUCGGAUGAAAAGUAUGACUUUCUGUCCUCUGAAAAGAGUAAAUACCCCAUUAAUGUCCACCAUGUCAUCUCUAAUGCUUCUGAAGCUCUCCGCAUUGACACCGCAGUUGCCUUUUCUCCGAUUAAGAAAAACACCGUUGGGUUCGUCCAAUUCAAUCUCCAAGGCUUCAGCUUCUCUCUUGUCAGUGCAGGAAUAAACAUAAAAGUUGAUGUGGAUAGUUCUAACAUUUUGUAUAAGAACACAAAUGAACCACUGCGUAGAAGACUCUUUGGGAAGUUUGUGAUGCAUAUAAAAAUUGAAGAUACUUUAGACUAUAUACUAAGGAGUACUGAGUACGUUGGGGAUGACCCUAUAGAGGAGGGGGAAAAGCAAGGAUUUGGCUCCAGAAAGAUUUGUGUCAAAUAUAAUAAUAGCAAGCCUAAUGAAUUUGGAAAGCAUUACUUCUCCAUAAUCAUCCCUGAUAACGGUAAGCCCGAUGAUCUUGGAGCUUUUGUCCAGAAUACUAUCAGGGUGAUGGGUGGGAUAAAGUUCAAUUUAGUAGCAGAUACAAAGGGCCUAAGCUUUGGGCCAAUCCAUCCCGUAGUGGUGGAGAUCGGAAACUCCAAGUUCCAUUAUUCGAAGAAAGGGAAAGAGGUAUGCCUCAAUGCCGCGGGUGGAAUAGAUGUUUCUAUAUCCUUUUCUCACAUUUAUGAUCUUGUAGCAUUGGGGAUGUGCGAUGUAGAUGUGGCUUGCAAUGAAAAGGAUUAUAUAGCAAGAGCAAUCAAGGACAUAGUUUCCAGGGUUAUGAUGAAAGAAGAUGGCAUGGGGGUUGAAAAGUAUGUCUGUAACAAGGACUUGAUAGUCAAGUCUAGGCUAAGGAAGAUGGAAGACUGUGCCCCAGGAUUUGAAUGUGUGCAUGAAGGUGUUAUAGAGAUGUCGAUUCCCAUGGAGAUGUUCAACUCUGCAAGUAUUGAGUUUGACAUCCCAAGAAUCGGGGUUGCGGCUUUUGAUGUAUGCGAUGAGAACUCUCAAGGCAGAGGAAUUGCUUCCAUAGAGAUUCUACCCUGGUCUCAUCAUGAGUUUGAAGGGUGUGAAUACAGGUCUUUUGGAAUACUGUGCCGGUUCUCAGAGUUUUCGGUGGCCAAUACUUUAAUGAAUGUGUGCCUUAUUAAUGGCAACAAGUUAAGCAAGCCUAUGGUCAUAGAGCACUCGCUAUAUAGAAAGAUAAUGGCAGACAUAAGAAAUGAGUUUUCCAAAGGAAAGGGAAAGAAGAUAUUGGCUGCAGAAAUCGGUAGCACAAGCAAUUGGAAGAUUAGAAGUGUGGGGAAGACGAUGACUUCUGAUGAGGACACUUGGUCGCUGAAGAUUUUUAGUGACAGGCUGAAGCAUCUCUUGUUUUCAAAGGUUCCUAAUCUACUCUUGAGCUCUUUCUAUGAAGUUCUACCAUCAGGAAUGAGGUUUGUGGUAGAAGUGGAUAAAGAUACUGUGGGGUUCUCUAUAGAAUCUUGUAAAAGAAAUCCUUGGAGAGACAGAAAGGAGGGAGAUGAAAGUGAAAGCCCGCCCUAUGAGAUCCUCAACCUUACAUUCUCUAAGUUCUUGUUUUCUGAGACGAUUAAGUACAAGUUUCAGACUGUAAGGAAACCUCAGCUUAGUGGAAGAAGGACGAUACUGGAAAAGCCAUAUCACGAUCCUUUUGUUGGCUCAUCAGAAUAUGAAGAUUGGUGUCUCACCAGCAGGUUUGGAAUUGAGGUAAAUAUUCCCAAUGAUGGAAUGAUAUAUAUUUCAAAGAUAAGGUUCAACAUGCCGAUUGUGUUUUCUUUGGUAAGCAUAUUCCCUCCACAUGUCCCAUUUGUUCCUGAAAUAAAUGGGUUGGGGAUGUGCGUAGAGUUCCCCCUCCCGUUCGAACUCCGAAUUCCAUCUCCGGAAUUGCCUGGUGAGAUUAUAUUUACUUCUAAAUCAAAUGACAAAGAGCUUGGAAGGCUUGGGCUGGGGACAAUUGUGUCAAACCCGAACGUAUUUUUCAUAACCAUCAGCAUUCCAUCGACUUCAUAUAUACUAAGUCUCGGGGAGACGCUGGAGCGGUAUAAAAAGGGCAGGAAGAAAGCCUUCCCUAUCAUCCAGCAAGACACAUCAAUAUCUAUCUUUGUCAACGGUGUUAAGGUUCACGAAUGCCUUAAUAGAAUAGUGGUGGAGGCUCAGGAAUUCAGUGGGCUUUUACAUUCACUGGUCCUCCUAGAAAAGCGUCUUCUCAGCCUUACAAACGCAAUAGCUAGACGGAUCCAAAAAUCUUUCCGUGAGGACAAGAGAAAGCAACCCCGUACACCAAAUGGCUAA